AUGUCGUCCUCGCUUCCCGGCAGUCGCGAUCUGCCCAUCUCGCAGUAUGACCUGGGCACAUACAUGGGCCGCGUGCGGCACUCGAUCGGCAUAACGGAUCCUAGUACGCUUCUCGCCGGCACCUCUGGACUCGAGCGUGCCAAGAAGCUCGUCACGGAUUACAAGACGGGAAAGCUGCAGCACAUGACGCCGGAGCUAUGGCAGGCGAAAAAGAUUGUCGACUCGACGCUGCAUCCCGACACCGGCGAGCCUGUAUUCCUGCCCUUCCGAAUGUCGUCCUUCGUCAUCACGAACCUGGUCGUUACCCUGGGCAUGCUCCAGCCCGGCCUGGGCACAGCGGGGACCAUCGGCUGGCAGUGGGCUAACCAGUCCGUCAACGUGGCCAUCAACAGCGCCAACGCCAAUAAGUCGUCACCCAUGACCACCGCUAUGCUUGCCAAGUCCUACGCGAUCGCCGUCACUGCGUCUUGCUCCGUGGCCCUGGGCUUGAGCAGGCUGGUGCCGCGGCUGCGCGUCUCGGACGGCACAAGGAACGUCUUGAAGCGCCUCGUCCCCUUUGCGGCCGUGGCAUCGGCCGGUGCGCUCAACGCCUACCUCAUGCGGCGCGGAGAGAUCGAGACCGGCAUCGACGUCCGCCCGGUCCUGUCAGAUGCGGAGAAGAAGAAGCUGGAAGAGGAGGGCAAGUCGGAGCGCGACGUGCCGUCUCUGGGUCGGAGCCAAAAGGCAGCCAAGCUUGCCGUGUACGAGACGGCUGCCAGCCGCGUCUUCAACAGCAGCCCCGUCAUGAUCAUCCCGCCCAUGAUCCUCUACUACAUUCAGCAGAAGGCUGCCUGGUACAAGAACCUGAUGGAGAAGGAAUGGGUCAAGGCGAGGCCCCGGGUGGCCACGACGAUUCCCAUCGGGCUGAACUUGGGCCUGAUCGCUGCCACGUCUUUUGCAGUCCUGCCCCUGGCUUUGGCCGUCUUCCCGCAGCAGCAGCAAAUCUCGGCAGAUAGCCUCGAGGAGGAGUUCCGUGGCAAGGGUGGUUCUGGCGGCAAGGUCUGGUUCAACCGCGGUCUGUGA